CUCGGUCGAAGUAGGAAGGUUAUGGAGCUAUUCUUACUUAGUUUCAAGAUUUGGGGUUGAGUGUAUUUGAUUAUCUAUUCGUGACAUAUUCUUCCAUUACUGUAUGGCUGACAAAUCUAGUGUUUCUUCUUUUCAGUUAUAGUAUUUUACUAUUAAAUUAUUUCCAGAAUCCUUUCAGUGGUAGUCAUCAAUUUCUUUAAAGUUCCAGGUAUUUUAAAUAACGAUGCCCGUAUCAACAAAUUUACCUUUGAAAGAAAACUCUCUUUUCAAAAGAGCCAUGAAGUGUUACGAGAAUAAACAGUAUAAAAACGGUAUAAAGUUCAUCAAUCAGAUUUUGGUAAAUCCAAAAUACGCUGAACAUGGGGAGACGUUGGCGGUUAAAGGGCUUUUAUUGUAUUGCUUAGGUAAAAGAGACGAUGCAUAUGAUUACGUUAAAAAAGGAUUAAAAAUGGAAUUGAAAUCAUAUUUGUGCUGGCAUACUUAUGGUAUAUUGCACAGGUCUGAUAAGAAUUACGAAGAAGCAAUUAAAUGUUUUCGGAAUGCACUCAGAUGGGAAAGCGGUAAUGCCCAAAUUCUCCAAGAUCUUUCAGUCCUGCAGGUACAAAUUAGAGAUUUGGAAGGAUACUUGGAUACUCGAGCUAAACUUUUCCAGGUAGCUCCGACCCAGCGUGCGGCUUGGGCUGGUUAUGCUGUCGCGCACCACUUAAAUAGAGACUUUGAGACCUGCCUCAAAAUUUUGCUCACUUUAAGAAAAAAUCUUAACUCAUGUUAUUCGAGUUAUUCCUCAAACGAAUAUAGUGAGCUAUUACUUUAUGAAAACUUAGUUAUAGAAGAAUCUGGUGAUCUUACGGGAGCAUUGAAACAUCUAUCUGAACAUCAGGACUAUAUACGCGAUAGAGUCGCCGUUUUUGAAAAUUUUUCGCGACUUCAUCUCGAGCUUAAGAAUUAUAAAGAUGCUGAAACCUAUAUUAACCAACUGUUGGCAAGAAAUCCAGAAAGAAUUACGUAUUAUUUCUGGUUGUUUGAAGCUCUGGAACUUGAAACAGAUGAAGGCAAGUUUGAAACUCUCAAUAAUUUGUUAAAGACACUACCUAGAGCUAGAUUGCCCAGAAGAAUGAUUCUUGAUUAUAUCCAUGGUGAUCAAUUUUCUGUGGAGGUAGGUAUUUAUUUACAAAGAGAAUUUAGAAGAGGUGUACCACCUUUAUUCGUUGACAUUAGACCAUUAUAUAAGGAUAAUAAAAAAGCAAAAAUAAUAGAAACUCUUGUUAUUGAUUAUAAGCAAUGUUUGAUUGAUAAUGGAUGUCUUGUGAAAGAAAUUCAACAACUCGAAUCUCCCACAACUUUAUUAUGGAUCUAUUACUUUCUAGCACAACAUUAUUGUUAUUUUAAAAAUUAUGAUGAAGCUUUGUCCUAUAUUGACCUUGCUAUUUGCCAUACCCCUACACUUCCAGAUUUAUACAUGACUAAAGGCAAAAUUUAUAAGAAAGCUGGUAACCAUGAAUUAGCAUCUGAUUGGUUGAUGGAGGCCCGGGAAUUAGACUCAUCAGAUAGAUUUAUUAAUUCUAAAUGCGCAUAUUAUCAUUUCAAAGCUAAUAGGAUAAAAAUUGCUGAAGAAGUGACUUCUUUCUUCACAGUUGAUUGUGUCAAUGUAACGGAAAGUCUCUCUGAGAUGCAGUGCAUUUGGUAUUUAUUAGAAUUUGCAUUAGCAUACGAAAGACUUGGAAUGUAUGGCGAUGCUUUAAAAAAGUGCCAUGAAAUUGACAGGCAUUUUGUUCAGUUUUAUCAAGAUCAGUUUGAUUUCCAUUCCUACUGUCUGCGAGGAAUGACAUUAAGACCCUACAUAUAUCUUUUGAGGUUUGAAGAAGAUGUCAAAGAUCAUGAAUUCUAUAAAAAAACAGCACAGUGUGCUAUCAGAAUAUAUCUAAGGCUGCAUGAUGCUCCAAAAAAAAUAGAUACAUCGGAAUCUACAAACGAAACCAAUUCUUUAACAUCCAGUGAGCUCAGAAAAUUAAAGAAUAAAGAGAGAAAAGCUAAGAAGAGAGCUGAGCUGGCGAAAAUAUGUGAUGAAAAAUAUGAAACGAAAUCUAAGUCAAAGGUAGAAGAUAUUUGUGAUGCUUACAAUGAAUAUUUUAAUGCUGACUUCUUUCAGAACACUCCUACACCUUUGGAAGAGGCAUUGAGAUUUCUUCUUCCCUUAAAGGCUUUUUCACCACAUGACAUCACUACUCAUCUUGCAGCUUUUGAAAUAUAUUACAGAAAGGGGAAGUCACUUUUGAUGUUGCAAGCCAUCAAACGAGGAUAUUCUAUUGAUCCAGAUCAUCCUCUAUUUCAUGAAAUGAUUGUAAGAUUCACAUUAUUGGUUCAUAAAGCUAAAUCUGAGGGAAUCCUAAAGUUUCCAUUGAGUGAAGUUGUUGAUAGGCAGAUGGAACCUAUUUGGAAGGGAAGAACACCCAAAGAAAUAAAUGAUGAUUUUCUUAAACGCCAUCAAUUUAGUUUACCAGGAUUGGUGCAAGCUGCUAGAUGUUUAUAUCUUAUUGAUAAUUCUAAACAAUCUGAAGCAUAUGAGUUAUGCACAAGUCUUGAUGAUUCUAUUCAGGAUGUAAAUGUUGAAGAAUGCUCUCGAGUUGCAAAUUAUAUGAAAUACGGGCUUCUUGGACAUAUUAAAAAAGAGGAAAUUGAUAGUUAUUUGAAAAAAUGCCAUGAAAAGUUUCCAUUGGCUAGUGUAUUUAUGCCUCCUGAAGAAUCUCAAACAAAUAUUUUUAAUUAAGAAUAUUUUAAAUUAAUUGAAUGCAAUUGUGACUUGAUUAUUUCUCUUAAUCAAUUUUUAAUCCAUUAAUAAUGAUUUAAAGCCUCAUUUCAUAAUCAUUUUUAACUGAUUUAAGUAACUUUGUGACUUGAAUUGAUGUAAAUUUGUUAGAUAUUGUUGAGUUCAAGUGUAAAAUCUACUGACAGAAAUUAAACUAUUGUUGUAUUAUUUGUAAUUUUGAUUAAUAACAUAUAUUAGAAUGGAUUAUGUGUUGUUAUGUAAGCUCUGUUAUUAUGUUAAUGACAUUUUUCUACCUUUUGAAUGAUUUAUUAAAAAUGAUAUAUUUAUCUACUUUCUACUAUUUUAUUUUUUAAAAUACAAUGUUUGUUAUUACAAUA